ACCGCUCAUGUUUUAACCCCAUUCCGGGUUAUUCCGGCUAUCCGUCCCCAUUCUCCGACGUCAUUUCCCUCUGCAAGACAGCGCCGACUCCUUCCAUCCGUACAUCCCUUCACCGGAUGCUCCGGUCAAAAUAAAAAAUCUAUUUUUUGAUGGAAUAAAAAAAUCAAUUUUCAUUUUACGAAAAUAUACAGAGAGAAAGGCUUACAUAACAUAACACAUUUCUAGAGUGAGAAAGUGAGAAAGAUUUUUUUUUUUUGUUUUCUUUUUCUCUUAUUGUUGUAAAAAGGUUUUGAGAUUCUCUCCGUUCCGUUAUUUUUCUUUCUGAUUCCUCGACGGCUUCGAGAUUUGUAGAGAGAUAAAAGAAAAAAAAGCUUUGAAACCAAAAAAGGAAAAAUUUUCCAAUUUUUUCUGUCUUUCCUGGAAAGUAGAGUAUUGUUGAAUUUUGUUACGAUGUGGUUAAUUCACGAUCUGAGCUAUGGUUUUCGAAAAUGUUGAUGGGAGAUGCGAAUUUGCUUUAAUUUUAGGUGGCCGAUCUUGAUUUCCCCAAUUAAGGGUUUUUUAUUUUUGAUUGUGUUUCAGCUCUUCCUUCAUCUUCACCUUCCAGUACUAAUCUAUCCUUCUGGGGAAGACCCUUCAUCGUUCGAGGGAGCCGGUGGUGGUCUUACCCGCGUGGGUGACUUGUUUCGCGAUUGAAAGCCAUUGGCAAAGAAAUAGCGCUUUCUCUUCAUCGGCUUACAAUUACAUGUCUUUCGAAUCCUUCUUCAUUGGCAUUCUUCUAUUAAGGCGCUGUAAAUAGGUAAGCACUAAAAGUCAAAGCUCAAGCUUACACAGUCAAUGAAGGAGCACUAGCGUUAAAGGAAACACAUUUUUUUUACGAUUUUUGGAACCUAGGGCUUAAUUUGGGAACUCUAAGGAAAUGGAUGUUGAUUCGUCGAUGGUGCCAAAGACCGAUCACGAUCAGAAUCACAGCGGAGCUUCGCAAUCUUUGGCGCCCAUGGAGAGAGAGCAACAGCAACAACAGCAACAGAACCAGCAACCAGAGAACCAGGCUUCGCCACCAGUGUCUGGUGGAUCUUCACCUCCUCCGACGCUACAACAGGCUGCAGCGGCCGCACCUGUUGCUCAAGGACAGCCGCAAAUGCCUGUGGUGGGGCCGAGGUGUGCGCCCUCUUAUUCGGUAGUGAAUGAGAUUAUAGAGAAGAAAGAAGACGGGCCCGGUCCUAGGUGUGGGCAUACCCUAACGGCUGUGGCAGCAGUAGGGGAAGAGGGGACGCCUGGGUAUAUUGGGCCAAGGUUGAUUCUAUUCGGUGGUGCCACGGCACUAGAAGGGAAUUCUGCUGCUUCUGGGACGCCAUCGUCGGCAGGAAGCUCUGGCAUCAGACUAGCAGGUGCCACUGCUGAUGUGCACUGUUAUGAUGUGUUAACUAAUAAAUGGUCUAGGAUCACACCCUUUGGAGAGCCACCUACACCAAGGGCAGCUCAUGUGGCAACUGCUGUGGGAACUAUGGUUGUUAUCCAGGGUGGAAUUGGUCCGGCUGGUUUGUCUUCUGAGGAUCUUCAUGUGCUUGACCUCACACAGCAACGACCACGGUGGCAUAGGGUUGUUGUUCAAGGCCCUGGGCCAGGGCCACGCUAUGGACAUGUGAUGGCUUUGGUGGGGCAAAGGUAUCUCAUGGCAAUUGGUGGAAAUGAUGGAAAGCGACCUUUGGCUGAUGUAUGGGCCCUGGAUACCGCUGCCAAGCCUUAUGAAUGGCGUAAAUUGGAACCUGAAGGGGAAGGUCCACCUCCAUGCAUGUAUGCUACUGCAAGUGCUCGCUCAGAUGGUCUUCUUCUGCUUUGUGGAGGGAGGGAUGCAAACAGUGUGCCAUUGCCAAGUGCAUACGGGCUUGCAAAACACAAGGAUGGUCGUUGGGAAUGGGCAAUUGCUCCAGGUGUUUCACCAUCUCCAAGAUAUCAACAUGCAGCAGUCUUUGUCAAUGCAAGGCUUCAUGUUUCUGGUGGGGCACUUGGUGGUGGCCGCAUGGUUGAAGACUCCUCAAGUGUUGCAGUGUUGGAUACUGCUGCGGGAGUUUGGUGUGAUACAAAAUCUGUUGUUACUAGUCCAAGGACAGGCAGAUACAGUGCUGAUGCUGCUGGUGGAGAUGCUUCAGUUGAGCUGACAAGGCGUUGUAGACAUGCAGCUGCAGCUGUUGGUGACUUAAUUUUUAUUUAUGGUGGUUUACGUGGUGGGGUGUUGCUUGAUGACCUGCUUGUCGCUGAAGACCUGGCUGCAGCGGAGACAACAGUGGCAGCUUCACAUGCUGCAGCUGCAGCUGCAGCAGCUGCUUCUAAUGUGCAUGCAGGGCGGGUACCUGGAAGUUAUGGAUUUGUUGAUGAUAGACCAAGGCAAACAAUGCCUGAAGCAGUUCCUGAUGGAGCAGUUGUGCUGGGAAAUCCAGUUGCUCCCCCUGUAAAUGGGGAUAUGUAUACUGACAUAAGCACUGAGAAUGCCAUGCUUCAAGGAUCCCGGAGAAUGAGCAAAGGUGUUGAGUAUUUGGUUGAAGCAUCAGCUGCUGAAGCUGAGGCUAUUUGUGCCACACUGGCUGCUGCAAAGGCACGACAAGUCAAUGGAGAAGUUGAACUUCCUGAUAGGGAUCGUGGGGCAGAGGCUACACCUAGUGGAAAACAGUUGUCUACCUUGAUUAAGAUGCCUGAUUCUACUGGGUCAAAUAAUAUGGCUCCAGCUGGAGUUCGGCUUCAUCAUAGAGCUGUUGUUGUAGCUGCAGAGACUGGUGGAGCUUUAGGUGGAAUGGUCAGACAGCUUUCUAUUGACCAAUUUGAAAACGAAGGCAGGCGGGUUAGCUAUGGGACUCCAGAGAGUGCAACUGCAGCAAGGAAACUAUUAGAUAGGCAGAUGUCAAUCAAUAGUGUCUCCAAAAAGGUCAUUGCACAUCUUUUGAAGCCUCGUGGUUGGAAACCUCCAGUUCGCCGACAGUUUUCCUUAGAUUGCAAUGAAAUAGCUGAUCUUUGUGAAAGUGCUGAACGAAUAUUUGCAGUUGAACCAACUGUUUUACAGCUGAAGGCUCCUAUUAAGAUUUUUGGUGAUCUACAUGGACAAUUUGGGGAUCUCAUGCGCCUUUUUGAUGAAUAUGGUGCACCAUCAACUGCUGGGGACAUUGCAUAUAUCGAUUAUCUCUUCUUAGGAGAUUAUGUGGAUCGGGGCCAACACAGCUUGGAGACCAUUACUCUUCUGCUUGCUUUGAAGAUUGAGUAUCCCAAUAAUGUGCAUUUAAUUCGGGGGAAUCAUGAGGCUGCAGAUAUCAAUGCUCUUUUUGGCUUCCGGAUUGAGUGUAUUGAGCGCAUGGGUGAGAGAGAUGGAAUAUGGACAUGGCAUCGUAUAAACCGUUUAUUCAAUUGGCUUCCUCUGGCAGCUCUAAUUGAAAAGAAAAUCAUUUGUAUGCAUGGUGGCAUUGGUCGGUCAAUAAAUCAUGUUGAACAGAUUGAGAAUCUACAGCGUCCAAUUACAAUGGAAGCAGGCUCGAUUGUUCUUAUGGAUUUAUUAUGGUCAGAGUCUGAUCCAACGGAAAAUGAUAGUGUGGAAGGGUUGCGACCAAAUGCUAGAGGUCCAGGGUUGGUUACUUUUGGGCCUGAUCGCGUUAUGGAAUUCUGCAACAACAACGAUCUUCAGUUGAUCGUUCGUGCUCAUGAGUGUGUUAUGGAUGGCUUUGAGCGCUUUGCCCAGGGACAUUUAAUCACUCUUUUCUCGGCCACCAAUUAUUGUGGUACUGCUAAUAAUGCUGGUGCAAUCUUAGUCUUGGGCAGAGAUCUUGUGGUAGUUCCGAAACUCAUUCAUCCUUUACCCCCAGCAAUGUCAUCUCCAGAAGCAUCACCAGAACGUAUAGAAGAUACAUGGAUGCAGGAGCUGAAUGCUAACAGACCACCAACACCUACUCGAGGUCGUCCUCAAGUAGCAAAUGAUCGAGGCUCUCUCGCAUGGAUAUAGUAAAUCCUGCCAAUUGUUUCUAUAUACUCAUUACUCAUUCGGGCUUAUGCUACCACCUGGAGAUUCUGGUAUUCUGUAUAGAACAUGAUGCCAUAUACAGGCAUUUCCAAUCUUUGUAAUCUCUCUCAUUAAAAGUUUGAAGGCUUCACGGCAUUUUGGUUUUUCGCCGGUUUGCAGCACACGGUAGGCCCUGAGAUUAUGAAAGAUGCAAGUUCGGGAAUGAAAUUGCAUGUGGCAUAGCUUUGCUUCUGGUUAUCUGCUGAAAGUUCCAAUUUGGGCUUCUCCCCCUGUAAAUUGAGCCACUGGCUCGUAGGAGGCGGUUGGUUGGUAUCUUCAAAUGACGGGUUGGUAGUGUUGAGCAUUUUUCACAUUCAGUUCGUAUAAUUUUUUAAUUCUCGUUUUAGGUCUAAUAUUUUUUACCCUCUUUGAGGUCGUUAUAUAUGAUGAUGAGAGAUAUAACAUUAAAAAUCUUCAUGGGCGUCCCGUUGUAUCAUAGAGGUGUUGAUUGGCGUAAUUCUUAUUUAUGCUCUGUACAAUGUAAUGUUUGUGUGAAAAUAACUUUUGUUCCAACAUGAAAAUUUUAGAAUUUUGGUCAUGAA